CGUUUGUUUGUUUGUUUGUUUGUUUGUUUGUUUGUUUGUUUGCUUGCCCGCCCGUCCGUCCGUCCGUGUGUCUGUUUGGCCGGGCCGGGGCCGCGGUGUCCCCGUGCCCCUCUACCCCUCAGCGCCUUCUCCUCCGCCAGCUGCCGUUGCCUGGGUUGGUGUACGUGUGACCGCGUCUCCAGCCCUAUGAGGUACAUGCGGUGCCUGGGCCUGGACAGCCGCUACGAUGAUUUCAAGCAUAGGUGUGGUGGAAUUUGGGUGUACUUAGAGUUUCCCAGGAGAAAAAUUACUUUGUGAUUUCUGGGUGGUUACGCACUGUUUUGUACUGGCACCGUAAAUGAAACAUUCGUGGUGUUUUUAGGGAUUAAAUGAGCUUUAUUUUGUCAACAGAACCACCUUUAUUUCACCCUGCCUUGCAGCACCUGGUUGUCACCGUUUCUUAAUUCCAGAGGCGAUCCUGUAAACCACAGGUUCCGAAACUCCUGCUGCAGGGAUUUCAGCGUGUGCUGCUGCUGGUAAUCCCAGAAGAUCUUUCUUUGCCAAACCCAGGGGCUGAUGCAUCCCCUUCUCUGCUCCGGUGCCAGACUCCUGCGUUCCAGGAUCUUUUUCCCACUGAUGGGGAUGAGGGUUUCUCCUCCCCAUACUCUCUUGGCCUCGCUUGCUGCAGGUGUGUAUCUUCAGUGGAGAGAGCCAGUAACAGGAGAGCUGUCCUGCUGGCAGUCAGUGGCUGAGCAGCGUGCUGCCCACUAUGGCUGGUUGGUUUAGGCGGCUCCUGCACAAACCCAAGCCCAGCUCAGUGGAAAGCCUCAAGUCCAACCACUCUGCUUCAUCCUCGCCUUCCUCCUCCUCAUCCUCUGCCAAGAGCUCCAGCUCUUCUGGCACGAGCCUGGACACCAGCUGCAUCUCGCUGUCGCCAGUGUCAGUAGUGGACAUCAGCGCCUCAGACAGUCCCCGCUGGGACAAGAGCUACGACGUCUGCAUCUGCCACAGCGAGGGGGACGUGGAGCUGGUGUUGGAGCUGGUGUCCUACCUGGAGGGCCAGCCUGAGAGCUUCCGUUGCUUCCUGCAGCUGCGGGAUGCGGUGGUGGGAAGCGCGGUGGUGACAGAGCUGUGUGACGCCGUGCAGAACAGUCACUGCUGGGUCAUGCUCAUAACCCCCGGCUUCCUGCAGGACCCCUGGUGCAGGUACCAGAUGCACCAGGCCUUGGCUGAGGCUCCCAUGGCCAAUGGACGCACCAUCCCAGUGCUGAAGGACGUGGAUCGCAAGGAUUAUCCCAGGGAACUGCGGAACAUCUACUACAUCUACAUGGCGCUGAAGGAGAAGAGCUUCAGGCAGAUCAGAGACACUAUCAUGCGCUACCUCCAGGAACUGUGCCGGAGCUCCACAAAAAGCAUGGAGUAGUGCUGUGAGCAGGCAGAUGAAUUCCCAUGGGCAUCAUGGAGCUGUCACCGCUGGAUCUGGAUGUUGCUGUGUCCCAUUGGACCUUGAGGUCAAACCUGAGCUGCUCAGACCAGAUCUGGGACCAAGGAUAGAGAGUUCUCCACGUCCAUGAUGGACAGCAGAGCAGAGCCCACCACGUCCCGGUGGCCAAAAUCUCCUCAGCAGGGACAGGGACAUUUGUCACACAAACACUAAGCUCUGGUAUUGGGUGGUUCUCGGGGUCAUGAGAGCUCUUCACUGCACUGGCAUUCUGUCCUGAGGGCUCUGGGACUCCUGCUAAGCUGACAAAGCGCCUGCUGGGCUGCGGGCAUAAGAAGAUGAGGCAGGCAGUGACGUUGCGACUGCGAAAAUGCAGAAGUUUUAAAUUUUGA